GGCUUCGGGCGGAGUUUGGCGAGCAGCGUCGCGGUGUAGUCAGACGGCAGUGGUCCCGGGAGGCGACAGCUCGGAUCCGGGCUUCUCUCUGUUCCUCCGCCGCAUCCACAGCCGCGCCCCGGCCUCCCGCCAAUCCUCGAUGCAGAGCUGGGCGGCCGCGUGAUGGGGCUGCGGAGCGGCGCCCUGCGGCUCGCGGCGGCCGCUGCCUGCGCUGAGGUGCGUCGGUGCCCGGCCUCCCGCGCCCCUGCGCGCCUCGGCGUCUUCUGACUCGGCCGGCUCGCCCGUCUGUCCGCAGCGCGGCUGAGGAACCUUGAACACAACUUCAAAAGAAGAUUUGAUUUUUACUUCUGGACUGCAUAUAUAAGGCCAUCAGAAUGUCGGGAGCCUCUGUGAAGGUCGCUGUUCGAGUGAGGCCCUUCAAUUCUCGAGAGACCAGCAAGGAGUCCAAGUGCAUCAUUCAGAUGCAAGGCAACUCGACCAGUAUUAUUAACCCAAAGAACCCAAAGGAAGCACCAAAGUCCUUCAGCUUUGACUACUCCUACUGGUCCCACACCUCGCCUGAAGAUCCCUGUUUUGCAUCGCAGAAUCGUGUGUACAAUGACAUUGGAAAGGAAAUGCUCUUACAUGCCUUUGAAGGUUAUAAUGUCUGUAUCUUUGCCUAUGGGCAGACUGGUGCUGGGAAAUCCUACACGAUGAUGGGGAAACAAGAAGAGAGCCAAGCUGGAAUCAUCCCACAGUUGUGUGAAGAACUCUUUGAGAAGAUCAAUGACAAUUGUAAUGAAGAAAUGUCUUACUCUGUAGAGGUGAGCUACAUGGAAAUUUACUGUGAGAGAGUACGAGAUUUACUGAAUCCCAAAAACAAGGGUAACUUGCGUGUGCGUGAACACCCGCUUCUUGGACCCUAUGUGGAGGAUCUGUCCAAGCUGGCGGUCACCUCCUACACUGACAUCGCUGACCUGAUGGAUGCUGGGAACAAAGCCAGGACUGUGGCAGCUACCAACAUGAAUGAGACAAGCAGCCGUUCUCACGCUGUGUUCACCAUUGUCUUUACCCAGAAGAAACAGGAUCCUGAGACGAACCUUUCUACUGAGAAGGUCAGUAAAAUCAGCUUGGUGGAUCUAGCAGGAAGUGAACGGGCUGAUUCAACUGGUGCCAAAGGAACUCGAUUAAAGGAAGGUGCAAAUAUCAAUAAGUCCCUUACAACUUUGGGCAAAGUCAUUUCGGCCUUGGCAGAGGUGGAUAACUGCACAAGCAAGAGUAAAAAGAAGAAGAAAACUGAUUUUAUUCCUUAUAGGGAUUCUGUACUUACUUGGCUCCUUCGAGAAAAUCUCGGUGGCAACUCCCGAACUGCAAUGGUUGCUGCUCUGAGCCCAGCCGACAUCAACUACGAUGAAACUUUGAGCACACUGAGAUACGCAGAUCGUGCAAAACAAAUUAAAUGCAAUGCUGUUAUCAAUGAGGACCCGAAUGCCAAGCUGGUUCGGGAGUUGAAGGAGGAAGUGACCCGACUGAAGGACCUUCUUCGUGCUCAGGGACUGGGAGAUAUUAUUGAUAUUGACCCAUUGAUCGAUGAUUACUCUGGAAGUGGAGGCAAAUAUCUGAAAGAUUUUCAGAACAAUAAGCAUAGGUACUUGCUAGCCUCUGAGAAUCAACGCCCUGGCAAUUUUUCCACAGCAUCCAUGGGGUCCCUCACUUCAUCUCCAUCUUCAUGCUCACUUAAUAGUCAGGUGGGCUUAACAUCUGUGACCAGUAUUCAGGAGAGGAUCAUGUCUACACCUGGAGGGGAGGAAGCCAUUGAACGUCUGAAGGAGUCAGAGAAGAUCAUUGCUGAGUUGAAUGAAACCUGGGAAGAGAAACUUCGUAAAACAGAGGCCAUCAGAAUGGAGAGAGAAGCCUUGUUGGCUGAGAUGGGAGUUGCCAUACGGGAAGAUGGGGGGACACUUGGAGUUUUCUCUCCUAAAAAGACCCCACAUCUUGUUAACCUCAAUGAAGACCCAUUAAUGUCGGAGUGUUUGCUCUAUUACAUCAAGGAUGGAAUUACAAGGGUUGGCCAGGCAGAUGCUGAGCGGCGCCAGGACAUAGUGCUGAGUGGGGCCCACAUUAAAGAGGAGCAUUGUCUCUUUCGGAGUGAGAGGAGCAACACUGGUGAAGUUAUUGUGACCUUGGAGCCCUGUGAGCGCUCAGAAACAUACGUGAAUGGCAAGAGGGUGGCUCAUCCUGUUCAGCUGCGCUCAGGGAACCGUAUCAUCAUGGGUAAAAACCAUGUUUUUCGUUUUAACCACCCUGAACAAGCGCGAGCAGAAAGGGAAAAGACUCCCUCAGCUGAGACCCCCUCUGAGCCUGUGGACUGGACCUUUGCUCAGAGAGAGCUUCUCGAAAAACAAGGAAUUGAUAUGAAACAGGAGAUGGAAAAGAGGCUUCAGGAAAUGGAGAUCCUUUACAAAAAGGAGAAGGAGGAAGCCGAUCUUCUCCUGGAGCAGCAGAGACUGGACUACGAGAGUAAAUUGCAGGCCUUGCAGAGGCAGGUUGAGACUCGAUCUCUGGCUGCAGAGACAACGGAAGAGGAGGAAGAGGAGGAGGAAGUUCCUUGGACACAGCAUGAAUUUGAGUUGGCCCAGUGGGCGUUCCGGAAAUGGAAGUCUCACCAGUUUACUUCAUUAAGGGACUUACUCUGGGGCAAUGCGGUGUACCUGAAGGAAGCCAAUGCCAUCAGUGUGGAACUAAAGAAAAAGGUGCAGUUCCAGUUUGUUCUGCUGACUGACACGCUGUACUCCCCUGUGCCUCCUGAACUGCUUCCCUCGGAGAUGGAGAAGACGCACGAGGACAGACCUUUCCCUCGGACUGUGGUGGCGGUGGAGGUCCAGGAUCUGAAGAAUGGAGCAACACAUUAUUGGUCUUUGGAUAAACUCAAGCAGAGACUGGAUCUGAUGCGAGAGAUGUAUGACAGGGCAGGGGAGGUGGCCUCCAGUGCCCAAGAUGACAGCGAGACGACCAUGACCGGCAGCGACCCAUUCUACGAUCGGUUCCACUGGUUCAAACUUGUGGGAAGCUCCCCUAUUUUCCACGGCUGUGUGAAUGAGCGCCUUGCCGACCGCACACCCUCCCCCACUUUUUCCACGGCCGAUUCCGACAUCACUGAACUGGCUGACGAGCAGCAGGAUGCCAUGGAGGACUUUGAUGAUGAGGCAUUCGUGGAUGACACCGGCUCUGACGCAGGGACGGAAGAGGGAUCAGAGCUCUUCAGUGAUGGGCAUGACCCAUUUUACGACCGAUCCCCUUGGUUCAUUUUAGUAGGAAGGGCAUUUGUGUACUUGAGCAACCUGCUGUAUCCGGUGCCCCUGAUUCACAGGGUGGCCAUUGUCAGUGAGAAGGGGGAAGUCCGGGGAUUUCUUCGUGUGGCUGUGCAGGCCAUUGCAGCGGAUGAAGAAGCCCCUGAUUAUGGCUCUGGAAUCCGGCAGUCGGGAACAGCUAAAAUAUCUUUUGAUAAUGAAUACUUUAAUCAGAGUGACUUCUCGUCAGCUGCAAUGACUCGUUCUGGUCUGUCCUUGGAGGAGCUGAGGAUUGUGGAAGGUCAGGGCCAGAGUUCUGAAGUCAUCAGUCCUCCAGAAGAAGUCAAUCGAAUGAACGACCUGGAUUUGAAGUCAGGCACUUUGCUGGAUGGGAAGAUGGUGAUGGAAGGGUUUUCUGAAGAGAUUGGUAACCACCUGAAGCUGGGCAGUGCCUUCACUUUCCGAGUCACUGUGCUCCAAGCCAGCGGGAUCCUUCCAGAGUAUGCAGACAUCUUCUGUCAGUUCAACUUUUUGCAUCGGCAUGAUGAAGCGUUCUCCACUGAACCCCUCAAGAACAAUGGAAGAGGAAGUCCCCUGGGCUUCUACCAUGUACAGAACAUUGCGGUGGAGGUCACAGAGUCGUUUGUGGACUACAUCAAAACCAAGCCCAUUGUAUUCGAGGUCUUUGGGCACUACCAGCAGCACCCACUCCAUCUGCAAGGACAAGAUCUUAACAGUCCACCUCAGCCAUCUCGGAGAUUCUUCCCCCCACCCAUGCCACUCUCCAAGCCAGUUCCAGCUACUAAGUUAAACACCAUGAACAAAACCACCCUUGGGCAAAGCAUGAGCAAGUACGACCUUCUGGUUUGGUUUGAGAUCAGUGAACUGGAGCCUACUGGAGAGUAUAUUCCAGCUGUGGUUGACCAUACUGCAGGCCUGCCCUGCCAGGGGACAUUUUUGCUGCACCAGGGCAUCCAGCGACGGAUCACAGUGACUAUCAUCCACGAGAAGGGCAGUGAGCUCCACUGGAAAGAUGUCCGUGAGCUGGUGGUAGGUCGGAUUAGGAAUAAACCGGAGGUAGAUGAAGCUGCAGUUGAUGCUGUUCUUUCCCUGAACAUCAUCUCUGCUAAGUCCCUGAAGGCUGCCCACAGCUCCAGCAGGACCUUCUACCGUUUCGAGGCAGUAUGGGACAGCUCCCUACAUAACUCCCUCCUUCUGAACCGAGUGACACCCUAUGGAGAAAAGAUCUACAUGACCUUAUCUGCUUAUCUGGAGUUGGAUCAUUGCAUCCAGCCGGCCGUCAUCACUAAGGAUGUGUGCAUGGUCUUCUAUUCCCGAGAUGCCAAGAUCUCACCACCGCGUUCUCUGCGAAACCUCUUUGGUAGUGGCUACUCAAAGUCACCAGACUCCAACCGAGUGACUGGGAUCUAUGAGCUGAGCUUAUGCAAAAUGGCAGAUACUGGAAGCCCAGGCAUGCAGAGGCGGAGGAGAAAAGUCUUGGAUACCUCAGUGGCAUAUGUGCGGGGAGAGGAGAACCUAGCGGGCUGGCGACCUCGUGGAGACAGCCUCAUUCUGGAACACCAGUGGGAGCUGGAGAAGCUGGAGCUGCUGCAUGAGGUGGAAAAAACUCGCCACUUCUUGCUGCUUCGGGAGAGACUUGGUGACAGCGUCCCUAAGUCUCUGAGUGACUCACUGUCCCCCAGCCUGAGCAGUGGAACCCUUAGCACCUCCACCAGCAUCUCCUCUCAGAUCUCAACCACCACCUUUGAAAGCGCCAUCACACCGAGCGAGAGCAGUGGCUACGACUCGGCAGACGUUGAAAGCCUGGUCGACCGGGAGAAAGAGCUGGCUACAAAGUGCCUGCAGCUUCUCACCCACACUUUCAACCGAGAAUUCAGCCAGGUGCACGGCAGCAUCAGUGACUGUAAGUUGUCUGACAUCUCUCCAAUUGGACGGGACCCCUCUGUGUCCAGUUUCAGCAGUUCCACCCUCACGCCCUCCUCCACUUGCCCCUCCUUGGUGGACUCCAGGAGCAGCUCUAUGGAUCAGAAGACCCCAGAAGCCAACUCUCGUGCCUCCAGUCCCUGCCAAGAAUUUGAACAGUUUCAGAUCGUCCCAACUGUGGAGACACCCUAUUUGGCCCGAGCAGGGAAGAAUGAAUUUCUCAAUCUUGUUCCAGACAUUGAAGAAGUCAGAGCGGGAUCAGUGGUAUCUAAGAAAGGAUACCUGCAUUUCAAAGAGCCACUUUCCAGUAACUGGGCUAAACAUUUCGUUGUGGUUCGUCGCCCUUACGUCUUCAUCUAUAACAGUGACAAAGACCCAGUAGAGCGUGGCAUCAUUAACCUGUCUACAGCACAGGUGGAGUACAGCGAGGACCAGCAGGCCAUGGUGAAGACACCUAAUACUUUUGCUGUAUGCACAAAGCACCGUGGGGUCCUUCUGCAAGCUCUCAAUGACAAAGACAUGAAUGACUGGUUAUAUGCCUUUAACCCACUUCUGGCUGGCACAAUAAGGUCAAAACUCUCUCGCAGAUGCCCGAGCCAGCCAAAGUACUGAGCGUUCUCCUGAGCCUUGCUCACCUUCGACAGAUAAAGAAAGUGUUACCUCUCAUUCUCUUUGUGAUUCUUGACAGUUAUUCUUGUAUGUAAUCCUGUGGCUUAACGACUUUUCCCUCCUCACCCUGCACUUCUCUAGCUCUCUGUUCCCUCUCCAUGGCUCUGACUCUUCUUAUUCUUGUGCUAAGACUUGUAGCAUGUGGCCUAACAAGGGGAACAAAACCACUACACGUCCAUACACACUCACACUCACACUCACCCACACCCGAGGGGACCCAGCACAUCUCCAAAUGAUUCUCCUGUGUGCUUCAGCUUCCUUUGGAUGUUAGGUCCCCUUCACGGUCACUGUCCGACUGUUGUCUCCGUAGCUCUGGUUUUCAGGGUAACUUCUCUGUCUCUCUUUUUCUUUCCCCUUUGUUUAUGAUAAUCUUCUUUUUUCUGGGUGGUUUAGAGACUAAGGGAGGAGACAUUUGGUAUUGUCAGCCAGGAGAAGAAAACUUGUUAACUUGUUUCUCUCUCUCUCUCUCUCUUCCUCUCUCUCUCUCUUCUCUCUCUCUCUCUCUCUCUGUCUCUUUUUCUCUCAGUGUCUGUCUCUGUCUAUUUGUGUGUGUGUCUGGUGUCUGUCUGUCUCUCUCUGUGUCUGUCUCUGACUCUCUCUCUUUCUCUGUAUGUGUGUGUGUGUGUGUCUGUCUGUCUCUGUCUCUCUUUCUCUUUCUCUUUGGUGGCUAAUCCAUGUGUUUCCAUUCAGGGAAAGCACUGUGGGAAGCUCAGAAAUGGGAUUUAAAUUCUCUGUCUAAAUCAGGGCUCGGAGCAUGGAUGUAUAGAGUGGAAGAUGCAGAGGGGCCUUGUGAUUGGCCUGCAACAGAGGCUGCUGCUAGCCCUUUAAGACUCGGGCUGCUGCAGUAGAUUGGGCAGUGGGUCACAAGGGUGACUGUAGCUCCUUACAGCAGGGUCCAGCAGGCUUGUCUCCUCCCUGGGAAGGAGCGUUUGUCUAGGAGUUUCCCAACUCUAGUCUCAGUGUCACUGUUUGGAAUUAGGUGAUGUCAUGAACAGAUUUCCCACAAGAGGGACUGGGGAGUGUUUGACUUUCUGGUGAUAUGGACCAUUGUUGCUUUGAGAGUGCUGAGUGCAGCUUGUGAUUGUUGUCGCUCCCUUUGAUCAAAGACUUGUAGCUUCAGCAUAAAUCUUGAGGUCUCCAUCUAAAUCCAGUGGCCAUUUCCAGUAGUUCUCGUCUCCAUAUGAACAAACAUGGCAUUGUUUUCUGGAUGCCAGAACUGACCAGUCCUUACCACCACUCCAAACAAAUCAGAAGGCAUUUAGAGUCGAAAAAGAUUGUCUCCCAGCAGUUUGCUACUGGAUUGUGAAAUGCCUCCUCUGUGACAUGCCCCCUUCCCCCACUGUCCUCAUCUGGUUUGGAAAUACUCCCUUAGGAAGAAUUUCCCUGCUACCAGUUUCUGUGGCUUCUAACAAACCAGGCCUCCGGGUUUAAGAGGUUAUAGAAAAUAACGCUCUUCCUCCACCGGCCAGUAAGUGUCGGGGACUGAGUGGGGCACAGAAUGCCCGCUGGGGCUACUUGAGUUGCUGUGCCAGUGACUUGGGGAGCAUUCACACUGCUGUUUCCUGGCCUUGCCAGCCUGUUUCAGCAUCACUCACGCACACAGGAAGGCAUCUGCUCACCUCCAGUCUGCGAAGGCUCCUGGCUACCUGAGGGUAGAGAAGGAAUGGAUUUCCUUCUGGUGGAGAGCCCAUCUCCACUGCAGAGCAGCCACUAGGGAGGCGAGCAUGCAGCCCCUUGCUUCUCUCUGAAGAACAGGACUCCCAGCUUCCUUUGUUACAGUUGCCUUGCAAAGAAAGGAAAAGUGGACCAUGGAGAAAAGGAAAGGAAAGGAAAGAAAGCAAAAGAAAAGAAAGGAAAAGGCAGAAAUCAGACUGUUCUUAUCUAAAAGAUGCUCAGCUCUGGUGGAUUUUUAAAACUUUCUUUCUCUCCUUAAAGUAUAGGUUACUAACUGUAAUGUUACUUGUUUUCUAAACAUAUCUAUGAGAUUUUUAAUGUAGUUAGAAGUCUCUGUUGUCUAAUGGACACAGCAUGUCCUUCUGGUGUAUACUCAAAUUCAGCAGACUCUGUCUAUGCCUGUAGACAGUUUCCUGGACCGGAACUAAAUCUAAUUUCAGGGAAACGAAGAUCAAAGGUCGCUUUUAAACUGAAUCACUGAUGUUGCUGCUGUUAGGAAGGUAGGCAGAAGGAUCCAUGUCUGUGCCGAGAGGUGUGACGCCUGGGGGAGGGUGGCAGUGUGCGGCACACUAAACCCUGAGAUAACUUGUUUUCUUUUAACUCAAACAAAACUGGUUUAGAAAGUCUUUGCUUUGCAAAUAUCAAAUGUUAGCAUGAGCCAAACUGGACCCCGCCUUCAUCAGAGGCCCCUUAAGGAGACCUCAUUAGAAAGCCAGGGAAAGUAAGGUUGGAGCUUGGGCACCUGUGCCUCUCCCUGCUGUCACUGGGACCCCUCCUACUGUAAAGCCCAGGAUCAGGUCAGAAUCGGAGCAUUUGGGGGCUUUAUAUUCUGUUUCCAGACAAGGUCACCUGCUCCGAAGCUCUGAAAGAGAAAGGGUUUUAUGGCAGGACCUGUUCAUGAGAUUUUUGUGAUUGCCAUAGUAGCAGGAAAGUUAAGAGAACUAAUCUUUAAAAUAAGUAUUUUUAAGAUUUUUUUUUAAAUUUUCAAAGCACUCCUUUAAACAAACAAACAAACAAACAAACAAAAAACCUACAAGGAAAACAUACAAAUUACAGAAAAGUGAGUGCUGGUUAAAAUGAAUUAGUCUCCCCCUUCCUUUAUGUCUUUAUCCUCCUUCCUCCCAAGCAGAUAUAGCCUCAUAACUGUCCCCCGCCAGUGCUCAGGCCUCGCCUGCUUCUGGGAGACGACCCUGGGAGUCAGUCAGCUCUCAGUCCCAGACUGUCAGGGACCAGGCAGUCCCUGCACAAGGCGAGGUGGGAGCACAGGCCAGACUGCUUCUGAGCAGGCCCUGAUCUCCAGUCCAUAAAUGAGAAACUUGAUGAGGUGAGAGCUGAAGGUUCUUCAGCUAAGAAACCAUUAUUUUUUUUUCUCUUCAGCUAUGUGGAAUUUGUAUAUCUAUCAAUUUUUCAGGUUUUUUUUUUUUUUAUCUUGUUUAGAUGAAGGAAUGAAUGGUUGUGAAAGGUGUUUGGGGUCUAAAACAUGAUUUUUCCUGGCACAUAUUUCAAAGCAUAGACUUUGUUACCUGCUGCUUCUUGUCUAAUUUACAGGGAUAUUUAAUUUUGUAAGGUAUUUGUAUAUUUAUACAACUGUAAUGAAUUGCACAUUGGACUGAAAGGGGAAGGCUCUGCCCUGUGUGGCUCCUGCUGGGACUCUAGGUUGCUGUGCUUUGACUUUCCUGAACAAUACCAGGGGGGUGUGGUUUGUUUAGCGUGGGUCCAUCACUUUUCAUUUGGGUUCCUUUUGGAAAAUGUAAUCUUUAACUUGCUCUGUGAGAAGAAAAGAAUGAUUGUGUUGCUGCUCUUGGAAGGUCUGCUGAAUGCUUUUGAGUGACCUCUGGCACUGUGUACUGCCUGUGAUCCACCAAGAGUGAGUAAGACCACGACCGUGGAGCAAGUCAGAGAUCGUCAGCCGAGAGAUUAUUGCUGUUACUGUUCAAAAGGCCAUUUAUGAAGUAGAUAUUUGAGCUCUUUAAAAAAAAAAAUUUAAGAGAGCCCCUAAUUACUUAAAAAAGAAAUUUAAGAAAGAAAUUAAGAGUUGAUACAGAACCGGUGUUAAAAACUCACAGCCAGAGGUUAGGGGUGUUGGUUAGUGGUAGGGCACUUGGCAACUAUAUGUGAUGCCAUUGGUUCAGUCCCGGUUCUGAGAUCAGACAGAAAGCCUCACGGUAGAUAGCUGCUCAGACAAAGUCCAGGCAGAGGUUGGUCUUGUGCCAAACCCUGGAUGUUCUAUGUUGUCAUGUCCUUAACUGAUUCUUUUCAUGCUGUGUAUUCUGACAUCAAUUCACCGAAGGGACCCACCAGCCUCCUCAUGUUUAAGCAUUGUCGUAGACUUUGUGGCUCUGACAUACUUGUCUGUUGAGAGUGGCGUCUCCUGUCACCAUCCCCAUGCUAUAACAGAAUCCAUGAAGCAUAAGUGGCCUUUUUGAACCAAGACUUUGCAAACUGAUCUCUCCCCAGGGAAGGAGUUGAGCACAAGCAACAAUGUACAUUAUUAAUUUUGGAUUUCAUUUUCAUGUUUUAUUUUGUAAAUAUCUAAUGUUUGGAGCUUGAGUAUACAAAAUGUAAAUACAGUUCUUGUAUUUGUACUAAUCCUGAUUCUUUUGCUGUAUAGCCCUAGAUGUGUAAUGCAGACAUUAUCUAACUGUGUAUGGUAACCUUGCAUCACAGAACUGCUAGUGAACGAGGUAAAAAUAAUAAAGGUACAACCAGUGCAUCACA